ACGCCAUAUGAUGUGAAUUGUAAACAAAGAGUAUUAUUGUUUGUAAAGACAGCUGAUCAUUUAAGAUCUGAAUAUUCACAACCAAACUUUUCGAAGGCUCCCAGGACUUUGACUCGAUGGAUCCAAUUAUAAAUAACCUCGACCACAGGUCAGCAGACGACCACAGGUCAGCAGACGACCACAGGUCAGCAGACGACGGGUCUCGUCUGGGCGUGAGUCUCCACGUCUGCAACCAACUGGUGAAGCCUUACUUCGACUUCCACACAUCCCUGCCCUACAUGCCAGACCACAACCUCUUGUAUUACCUGCAGACCGCUGCCAACGGUGAUACACGCUUUAUGUUCACGGCCAAAUAUUUCACGUCACAGAAAGGAUUUUUUGUUGAGGCCAUCAAUGAUGUAUUUGGGGAUGUUGAGAAAGGGACGUAUUGGGAGAUUGUGGACCUGGCCACAGGGAAACCUCUGGACCUAGGUGUGUCUCACUACAUCCCAGGUCAAGGUCAAGGCAUCAGGUUCCAGUUUACAACCGAAUCUGAGCGGCCCUGUGACGGAACUAAAACUAACUAGAAGACGGUUUUUAUUUGUUCCUCGGCCUACAUGUAAUACGAUGUUCUACUUUCCAAUGGCCAGAAAAAUAAACAAUUACACUUUUAAUCAGGUUCAUAAUUACAAUUAAAAAUUAUUAACAAAAG